AUGCGUAUAGAUCUCUCGGAUGCUCGUGGCAAAAUCCACUGGCCUUCAGUCCGGGCGUACAUCCGUCGAUCAAAAGCCAUGCUCACGCAUGCCAUUGUCAAGAAUAUCUCGACACCGUCUACGCAAAGAGUCUUGGAGUUCUUUAGCAGGUGCCCUAACCUAGAGCAUCUUGAGAUAUGGGCUCAGUCCAAGCCUGAUGUCCUUUAUGACCUGUACAAGAGCUCCAAAGGAUUGAAAACUCUGAUCAUAUCUGGCCACACAGCCCUACCGCAGGAGACCAUUGGCAAAUUUCUUCAGACUCUGCCACUUUUGGAGCGACUCGAAGUUCAUGAGGCGAAGCCAUCUAACUUGGCUCGCGUACAGUGGCCGGAGAAACUUCCAAGUCUCAAAAGUAUCACUUUUGGUGCUAUGGUCGGCGCUUCUGUACCAGACGUGCAGGCUCCUGCUCUUCAUCUUCCGCAGCGUCUUUCGACAUGUCUUCCCAAUCUAGAAGAGCUUCGGCUCAGCUGGAACCCACAAAUCUUCACUCCUUAUCGUUUAAAUUUUGAUGUAAAUGAGCUUUCACGGCUGCGCCGGCUGGACCUGAGCGGCAUGUAUGUUGGAGCAGAAUUCGGUCUGCCGUCUAGCCUCGAAUACCUUCGCAUCCGUGGAGGCACAGGACUGGUCGGAGGCUCCCUCGUCCAAAGGGAAUUCCCAUUUGUCUACAAGGAACCUUUCGAGCUUCCGAAUCUUCAUACACUCAUCCUCACUGACGUGCCAUGGGCGACAGGCUACACAGUUCGGCACUUCUGCACCAUCGCCCAGGCGCCUUUGAAAGUCCUCCAUCUCGACAGCUGCUUCCGAAUCACCGGUGCUCAGAUUUCCGAACUAGUCCGCAUGGACAGUCUGAGCGACUUACAGGAACUCAACAUUUCGCACAUUGCAGGUACUGAUGACAAGUCAGCUGCCGUUAUAAUUGGCGCACUACCCAGCCUCAAGGUCGUGCAUCUCUCAUAUACAAGGAUCUCCGGCUGCACAAUAAAGGCUUUUGCCGAUGCACGAAGCUCCGACGACAGCGUAGCGAAAGUGGAUCGGAUAUACGCUAAAUUUUGCGACGAAGUGUCAUCAGAUGCGGUCGCGUAUGGACGAUCUCGGGGCGUUGAAAUAAUCGCAUAG